AUGCUUCUCUUCCCGCAGUUCCGCCACAAGGUCCACUUCGAAGGGAUGGAGCCGCUGCCCUCCCGCUCCUCCAGCCAGGACUCCCGGUCAUUGCAGGGAGCCACUCCCAGCGCCGCCUCUGAGAGCUCCCGGGCGUCCACUUCCUCCAGCCAGCUGGACGGACUCAGCCUGGCCACCAGCACCUGCGACAGCACGGAGCUCGAUGUGGAGAUCCAGCAGCUCCUCUCCCUCCUGCAGACGCUGCUCACCCAGUUCGACCGGGUAAACGGGGCAGCCGAGGAGGUGUACGGCUUGGAGUGCCAGCUGGAGAGCAGCCGGAACCGGCAGGCCAGGCGGAACGGCAGGCUGAGGGCCGAGAGGCCGGCCAGCCUUUCCCAUCCCAUCCGCACCGCCCCUGCCUGCCUGUCUUCCGAGCCAGGCCCCAGCAGCCGGCCUGUCCUGCCCUCCCGGCCCCUGAGCAGCCCUGCGGCUUUCCGGGUCAUCCGCAGCAGCCCAGGCGCACUGCUGAUGCCGCAGAAGAUGUUGGUAGCAGCAGCCAAAAGGAAGAGGCCCCUGCAGGCCAACAACCGAGUCCACCCCAGCGGCAAGUAAAGCAGACAGGAGAUGCUUCUACUCCAGCCUCGGGCUCUGUCUCUCUGGUCCCUUCUGGUGGGGGCUGCAGGUCGACUCUGGAAGCUGCAGGGACACCAACCGGCCGCCAGAGCCACAGCCUUUCCCCGACUUUUGGCUCCUGCAGAGGCUGAACAGCCCUUUCCUGGCCUCCCUGCGUGGGGUGGGGGGUGGGGCAGGGGGAGGCAAGGAGCGAGAGAAGGCCAAGUCAGGUGUGGUGUGAAUCCCCGCCUCCAGGGAGAAGAAAGGACUCUCGGAGGGCGAGAAGUAAAAAAAAGUGUUAUUUUUCACAGAAGCUUUAGUGCAAACAAAACCAGGUGUUUGUGUGUGUGUGUGUGUGAGAGAGAGAGAGAGAGAGAAAAUGAGAAUGAACAUGUAUGUUUGUAAUGCAACCGGUUCCUUUUUUGUAAGUCUGUUCAAGGGAGGAGCUGAGCGCAAUGGCCAGGCUGAGCCUGGAGCGGAAGGACUUUUAUCCCUGAGCAGAGUUGAAGACAUUGGCAGACGGUGCGGAGAAGCUGGACUUUGGAGACAGGAGAACGUGGGCCUGAAAGGACAAAUCCGGCAGAAUGGAGCAUACACUGUGUAUAUAAAUCCAAAGAGAGGGUCGGUCUGAGAUUUUUUUUUUUCUAAGGGAUCCCUUAUUUUUGGAUCAUUUGGUAGUUGAAGCCUCUCCUCUGCCAGUCUUGAAGAUGGCAAAAAAACGUUUUAUGGGUCUAAAAACUAAGCAGGCUGGAAGGGGGUGGUGGUGGAGUGAGAGCUCGCUGCAUGGAGAGGACCUGGGGAGCCGGUUUCCCCAGGUCUCGUCCCGGCAGCCGUUCUCCAUAAAGGUGUAUUACGUCGGUUGUGUGUGGUUUUAUGGUUGAGGAACACGACAGUUUAUUUUUAUAGGGUCCGUUUGUGUGAAUGUUUGUUUUGAGGGUGCAUGAAUCUAUUAUAUUCAUUCAUAUGGUUUACUAGUUGUAUUUACUGCCAGCACUUUAAUCUAUGCUUGCCUUAGCUACCAAUGACACAUGCAACUUUUAAAGAGCAGGAUAAUAAUAUAUCAUGGAAGCAGUAUUUUUGUUUCUUGUAGAUCAUAAUUUAAAACAGGCCACUGGACUAUGACCGUGUGUGGGCCACUUGUUCCCAUGUCUUGGCAGUGACACCCCCGCCCCCACCCCAAGAACUCCCAUUGUGGUGGCAGCCUGGAGAUACUGGAAUGGCUGCGAUGUUGGGCGGAAGAGGAGGAGCUUAGAUAGCCAGAAGUGGGGAAUUGUGGCCCCUUUAGGACUUGUGGAUUUCGACUCCACAAGGCAUUCUGGGAGUUGAAGCCCACCAGCCAUAAAGAGGCCCUAGUUCCCCAACCCUGGCUAAAGCAACGUGUGUUUGUGUUCCUGGUGCACACAAACGGUUGCUUGCACAGAUUCAGAGCUGGUGGAGAACGAGCCCAUCGACUCAUCCUCAGUCUGUUCUAGCUCCCAGAUCGGAGCUCGGCCACCGGGAUGGCCAGGUGACCGUUGCAGGCUGGGCCCUGAAGGUACCUGGCCACCUGCUCUCUUCCGGGUCCCGCGAGGACUAGGAUUGCGAGAGGCCCGUAGGGAGGCCCGGAAACCAGCCCAGGCAGCCACCUCCACGUCAUUCUUUGGCUUUAAUUGGGGGGGGGGGGAAUCCCUUCUGUUGGACUGCUACGGCUGGUCCGUGCAGGCCCCCGUCUUCUUCCUUUCCUCACGACAAAUCCCCGUCGUAUUCCAGUGGCCGGUUUAAUGUUAUGUGUGUUAUAAUUUAUAUGGGAUUUUUACAAGAGGGAAAAAAAAAAUGUAUAUUUUUGUAUGUUGGCUGUUUUUAUAGCAGUGGUUUUGUGCUCAACACGUGUAGAUGGUAGUUAUUUAAAAAAAAAAAAAAAAAGGUGACAUCAAAAGCCUCGCUUAAGCGUUGCUGGCACGGGGGCCGGAGGAAGUUCGGAGAUGCCAGGGCGGGAGGCGGGACCUCCUCGCAGGGCACCCCUUGCAAGGCACCGCACAUGCAACAGGGACCCCCCCCCUCCCACAGCCCCCCUCCCCACCUGCUUUCCCAAAACCUCAGAUAAACAGUUGCCUUCGCUACCUAAGAGUUUGCAAGGAAGAUGUUAUUUCUUUUCAGGAGCUGCUUUUGGAGGCUGUAACCACCAUUCCUAACACUCAGACAAAAACAAAAAAUGCAUUUACCUGUUUUUAAUAUUAUUUAUGAGGGUGCUAUUGUCCAACUUCGUAUCGUAUUCCAGACUGCUUUAGCAGAAAGGAAAUUCCCUACCUUUGAUGGAGGCAGGAAAGAAGGCUGGGUGGUAUGAGAAAGUGAGGAAGCUGGGGGAAAGAAAGAGUCAGGAUUUGUUUUGCUAGCUUACUUGUUGGGCCAAAGUUCUCAGGCUUGGCCAUGAUCACAUGGGAAACGAGGGAAGCCAUUCGGGGCCACUUUUUGGCCCUCCUCUUCCCAAGGGCCCAGCUGAGAUCCCUCCCGCCCUUCUUGCCAGCUGGAAACGCAGCACCUUAAUGGGGGAGGGGGCACCGUGGAGCCCUAAUGCCAACCCAGAGCUGAAGGCAACGGUCCAUCGGGCUCUUGAAGCGACAGCUGGCUUGAGGUUGGCAUCCUCUAAAGAGCACAGCCUAAAACAGGCCAGUAAGUGAAGGGGAGGGUGGACAGGUACAGCUUGAGACAGAGCAAGGGGAUUUUUACCCUUGUGCGGGUCAGUUUAAAGUUCUCGUGGGUUAUUUAAAAUGUUGGGUACUUGUAAAGGAUGGGACAAGUCGAGGCGGGAGCAGGAAGGAGCUGGUGAGGAGGAGGAGGAGGGUCAGGGGCGGCGUCUCGGGUUUGGCUGCAGCGAGAACUACAAGAACAGCAGCAAAUGCACCACGGGGGACACCCUUCGACAACAUCCACAAAGCUACACCUGGUCCCUCCUGCCAGAAAACAAACAUUGAAUGUAUGUUUGGGCCUCAGUGGCCAGUUUCCUAUUUAUUCCUGCCUGGAAUCCCGCCCAGCAACACAGUUUACCCAAACAGCUUGGAAGUAGUGAGAAUGUAAGAAGCAAGUUGUGCUUUAUGUUAAAUCUGCAAAGAAAGUAUUUUCUUUUAUACUGGUGAAUUAGCUUGACAAGGUCCUAUUAAAAGACUAUGGACUGCU